AUGUAAUAAUAUGCAUUAAAUCAAGUUUAAUAAAUUGAUGAUGACUAAGAACUCUAUUAUGAUUUUGGGAAAUUACCAAAUAGAGAUAUUCGUGAUUUAGAAAAUAAUAAGGAAAUUAAAGAACCAUAGCCAUAAAAAGUUUGGAUUCAUUUAUCUUGUUUUUAUUGGUCUCCAGAAUGUUUCUUAGAUGAAAAAUAAGACAUUCUGAGAGGAGUUGAUAAUAUUAAUGCCAAAAGAUUUGCUCUCAACUGCAGCAUUUGUAAUAUUAAGAAGGCAGGAAUGUGCAUAUAAUGCGCCAGAGGUAGCUGUGCUACUUCUUUUCACGUUGAAUGUGCCAGACGAUCUGGAAUAUUCUUGACUUAAACUGUUAUCAAUAAUAAACCGGAUUAUUAAAUAUUCUGCUUAAAACAUGUUCCCCUUAAAGUUAAGAGAAUUCUAGAAUCAAAGCAAAGGUUAUAUGAAAGAGAAAUAAUUGAUUUCUUUAGAGCGUAUGAAAAGUGUAGAUAAGUGCAUAAAAAGAGUGUUUAAAAGCCAAAAAAGUUAAAAACAAACAAAGAGUAAAAGUAAAAAUAAGAAAAUCAGGAACACACAGAGAAUGAAUUCGAUUUAAUAGAUUUUGCAAAUAAAUUAAAGGAGUUUAUAAAUUAGAUUACUGAUUAAUAACUUAUUGUCAAUCUAAAAUUAGAGCAGGGAUAGUAUGCUAUCGAAUCCAUUUCAGGACCUGUCCUCAAACCAUAAAAAUAGUAUAAGCUCACAAUUUUACCAGAGGUUUAUUAAAAUAAAGUUGAUGCAAAUGGCUUACUAGUUACAUAAUUUUAUAAAAGCACUAUUACUGCAACAGAUGAAUUGUGGAAGCAUUUUAAGUAUAGAGAUUAUGAGAAAGAUAUAACAUAUAAGAUGUAUGAGAAAUUAAGAAGAAGGGCAAGCAAAUAUAUGUAAGAAAUAAAUCCUUAAAAAAAACAAGCUAAACUUAUAGAUAUCCUAAUGCUAAAAAAAUAUAAAAAGAAUAAUAAAGCUGAAUUAAAAAGGGAAAUUAUUAUUGAAUAAGUGGGAGAUGAAUUUUUCUAAAGAGAUGAUAAUUUAUAUUGUGUAUGCAGAGGGAAAUUUAAAGACGGGGAUCCUAUGAUUUGUUGUGAAGGGUGUGAUGAAUGGUUUCAUUUUGAUUGCUUAGAAAUGACAAUACCAUUUGAAGAAGCUUCUUAAAUUGAAUUUAAAUGCUUCUUAUGUGUUGAUGAUUUACCUCAAAAUGAAAGAGUACCAAUCCGUAACAUUUAAUCAAAGAUCUUUAAAGAUUCCUCUUUUAAAUUACAAAGAGAAUUAGCAGAGAAAUGUAAAUUGGAUGAGUUAAGAAGAUUAAGAUUGAAAGAUAUGUAUGAAAAUAAAUUAAAGGAGGAAUAACAUUUUGAUAUCGAUAAUCACCAGAUUCAACCAGAUAACAAUGCUUUGAUAGAAGAUUAAAAUAAUCAGGAAAAGCAAUGCUUCUAGGAAGAGUUAAAUAUUUCUGUAGAUAAUUAAUUUCAAAUCAAUAAUCAGACAUUUUAUAAGGAUUAAAUUCAAAUUGAAAUAUAAUUGGAUGGAAAUGAGAAAAAUAAGAAGAGCGAUGAUCAUGUAAAAACACCAAGCAAAACAGAAUCUGUUGAAGAUUAAGAAAAUCAUAAAUUAGAAGUUCCAGAAACUUAAGAAAAAGUCAACAAUAAUAAAUUUAAACAAAAAUCAAUUAGAGACUAUUUCUAAAAGUUAAAGUGAUUAUAUUUAAUUCACAUUAUGGCACAGCAAGUA